AUGGACUCCCCGACUGGGUUGUCGAUCAUAAACAGCCCAGAACUGGAUCCCAUCAUCACAGAUUUCAAGUUACAGCUGCCAGACAGCAGAGAUGCUUCAGGGUCAACAGAUCCACCAAACGGGUGCUCACGGUCCGACCUGUCGCUGGCUCUGGAGGACUGCAUGGCCGCCUUGGAUCUGUUCCUCAGAAAUGAAUUUGAGGAGGCGCAGGCUCGCCUCCAAAUCAAGUCCAAAGACAGCAUGUACCACGCUCUGACAUAUGCCACUAUUUUAGAAAUGAAGGCCAUGAUGACCUUUGACCCCCAGCACAUUUUGACUGCAGGAAGCACCAUGAAGGAGGCACAGGCUCUUUGUCAGCGGCACAGGAAGAAAUCGAGCUUCUCUAAAAACUUCACAGAAGAGGAGCUGCAUGCUGAGGUUUGCUAUGCUGAGUGCCUCCUGCAGAGGGCAGCACUCACCUUUCUUCAGGAUGAAAACAUGAUCAGUUUCAUCAAGGGGGGAAUCAAAGUGAGAAAUAGCUACCAGACGUACAAAGAGCUUCACAGCGUUCUCCAGUCGUCUGGAUACACUCAUGGUGAUAAUCAUGGUCAUUUUGAGGGCGGUGUUAAACUGGGAGUUGGAGCCUUUAAUCUAAUGAUUUCCAUGCUGCCCACAAGGACGCUCAAACUGCUCGAGUUUGUUGGGUUCUCUGGUAACAAGGAGUUUGGUCUUCAGCAGCUGCAGGAAGGCUCUGCAGAAAGCACUUUCAGGUCGUUCCUGUGUAACAUGCUGCUGCUCUGUUAUCACACAUUCAUGAGCUUCAUACUAGGCACUGGUGAAGGAGAUGUUGCAGAUGCAGAAAAUCUUCUGCAGCCUUACUUAAAAAAAUACCCCAAGGGAUCCAUAUUUUUGUUCUUUGCUGGUCGGAUAGAGGAGAUCAAAGGCAACCUGGAUGCUGCUAUCAAGCUAUUUGAGGAGUGCUGUGAGGCUCAGCAGCAGUGGAACCAGUUUCACCACAUGUGCUACUGGGAACUGAUGUGGUGCUUCACAUACCAGAGGCGCUGGAAGAUGGCCUAUUUCUAUGCAGAUCUGCUAAGCAAGGAGAACUCAUGGUCCAAGGCCACUUACGCAUACAUGAAAGCAGCCUAUCUCAGCAUGUUGACUGAGGAUGACUGUCUAACCUUUGGGGAGACUUCACUGACUCUGUUCAGGCAGGUCCCUGGACUGAAGCAGAAAAUAGCAGGAAAAUCUUUACCAACUGAGAAGUUUGCAAUAAGAAAAGCCCGCCGCUACUUUGCAGAGAAACCAGUUCCUCUUUCUGCCCCUCCACUGGAGAUGAUGUACAUCUGGAACGGUUACACAGUCAUUGGUAAACACAAAGACCUAACCGAGGGCAUGCUGGAAACCCUAGAUGAAGCGCAGGCUAAACUUGAAAGCCUUCCAAGGUCAGAGUUCACCAUAGAUGAUCAGUGUCUGUUGAGCCUCUUGAAGGGUCUCUGUCUUAAACACCUGGGACACACAGAAGAAGCUGAACACUAUUUUACCCUCGUCCUCUGCAAUGAGACUCAGAUCAAAUACGACCACUACCUUGUUCCUAACGCUCUGCUGGAACAUGGUCUGCUGUGCCUGGAGCAAGGCAGGAAAAAUGAUGCAAUUAAACUACUAGAAACAGCAAAGCACAAUUACAAAAACUACUCCAUGGAAUCACGGACGCACUUCCGUUUACAAGCUGCUUUGCACAAGGCCAAGGGCACUGGAGAGAAUGGCAUCAGUGUGCCUUGUAGCCCAUAAGUGC